AUGGAUGUGGAGGAAAUUAUCUACACGUUUUUUGAGGUGCUUAUUGCUGUUAGUUGCUGUCUUGGUAAUAUGUUGGUGAUUUUGGCGCUGUGGACCAGUAAAAGCAUUCAGGAGCCCACCAUCAGUCUUAUCGUCAGUCUGGCUGUGGCUGACUUUCUGGUCGGCUGCGUUGCCAUACCGAUGGCUGUGGUGGUGGACGGACGAGUGCCCACUUCAUUUCAUGGCUGUGUCUUCAUCAGCUGUGUGGUCGUCCUGUUGACUCUGGUCUCAGUUGUGUCCCUCACGGCUAUUUCUGUGGACCGCUUCCUCCGGGUGCAUAUCCCUCUCAGGUACAAAAGGACUGUGACGCAGAGACAUUUUUGCCUUGUGGUCGCAGCAUGUUGGCUUGUUGCAAUACCACUGAGUUUUGCUCCCAUGCUUGGAUGGUACAACCAUGACACCCUGUCUAAGUCAGUAAACUCCACCAUUAUCUGCAAGUUUAUUGCUGUCAUCCCCAUGUCAUACUUGGUUUACUUCAACUUUGUUCUCUGCAACCUGAUACCUCUGUUGGUGAUGACCGCUCUUUACGGCUACAUCUUCUGCACCAUCCGAGGAAACCUUCGAGAUAAACCAGGCAACGGGGCCCAGAAACAGUGUCAGAAGUACCUGAAGAAAGAGAAACAGCUGGCAGGAUCUCUGUCCCUGGUCUUGGCUCUGUUUGCCUUGUCCUGGCUCCCUAUCCACAUUAUAAACUGCAUUAUUUACUUCCGUGGGAAUAACGAUAUACCAGUUGUAUAUAUCUAUGUUGGCAUCCUGCUUUCUCAUGCUAACUCGGCUGUAAACCCAGUUGUGUAUGCGUUCAAAAUAGAAAAGAUCAAGACAGCGUACCUAAAGCUCUGGAGACAGUAUAUCUCAUGUGAGAAAUAA